CUUCUGUUCAUUGGUCAGUGUGUUGUAAGACGUUCCAAAUCAUAACCGAAUAAUGUAAUACGUCAAUUUUCUAACACAUUUAAAAGGGAUUUAAAAGAAGAUAAGUAUUGUACAGUUCACCGUCUGUCGUCAUCUAUCUAAGUUUCAGCAAUGCCGGCUUUCCGCCAGGUCGGGGAGAAACAGCUCCCAAACCCCAUUCUGUUCAUGGCCUGGUCUCCCAAAAGAGAUCUUAUAGCCCUAGCUAACACAUCAGGAGAGCUUCUCCUGCAUCGCCUUGCAAACUUCCAGCGUGUGUGGAGUUUACCACCUAAUGAAAACACAGGGAAAGAGAUCACAGCGGUGGCCUGGAGACCUGAUGGAAAAAUCCUGGCGUUCAGUGUGGGAGACACAAAGCAGGUGGUGCUGUGUGAUGCAGAGAAGGCAGAAAUCCUACACCUGUUCACUGUGGAAUACCCUGUGUCCUGCAUGCACUGGAUGGAGGUGCAGGAUGACAGCAGCACUUUGUCUUCAUUCAGCGAGUCAGAGGAUGAGUCCAGCCGUUUCCUUCCAAAGUUACCAACCCUUCCUAAAAGCUACAGCACCACAUCAAAGAUAUUUAGUGAAGAGAAAUCAGAUGAAGUCACAAACCUUUUGGGGGACGUGAGACUCAAUAUUCUGGUGGUGGGUGGUUCCUCUGGAUUUGUAGAACUGUAUGCGUAUGGGCUAUAUAAGAUUGCAACGCUGAAUGGGAUUUCAGGGACUUGUCGUAGUCUUGGACUUUCUAGUGAUCUCAAGUCCCUUUCUGUUAUAACAGAGAUGAGAUCUACAGAAGGCCGCCCUGAAAUCCAUUACAUGCAGUUGGACACCGGGCUGCUUUCUUCAUGUCUGCCCGAGUUGACCAAAAUGGCCCGCAAGUUCACACACAUUUCCACACUGCUGCAGUAUCUUCGUCUCUCCCUCACUUGUAUGUGUGAAGCGUGGGAAGAUAUCCUUAUGCAGAUGGACCUCCGUCUCACUAAAUUUGUCCAGGAAAAAAAUACAAGCACUCAGGUACAGGAUGAGUUUCUGGAGCUGCUGCUUUGGGGGCAUGCAAGCCCUGAACUUCAGGCUCUUCUCAUGAAUCAACUCACAGUCAAGGGCUUGAAGAUGUUGGGUCAGUCCAUUGAUUCCUCCUACUCCAGUAUUCAGAAACUUGUUAUUAGUCACCUGCAGAGUGGCUCUGAGGCUUUGCUGUAUCAUCUGAGCGAGGUUAAAGGAAUGGCCCUCUGGAAACAGAAAUUUCAACCUCUCGGUCUGGAUCCUGCCGCCAUUGAGGAUGCCAUUGUAGCAGUGGGUUCUUUUACCUUGAAGGCCAGCGAACUCUUACAAGUUAUUGAUAAAAGUAUGAAGAAUUUCAAAGCCUUUUUCCGAUGGCUGUAUGUUGCAAUGCUCCGAAUGUCAGAAGAUCAUGUUCCUCCUGAACUUAACAAGAUGACCCAGAAAGAUCUGGCUUUUGUGGCUGACUUCCUUUCCGAGCAUUUUAGUGCUAAUAAAGAACUGUUUGAUCGGAAAGGGAAGUAUUUCAACGUUGAGCGAGUUGGACAGUACUUAAAGGAUGAAGAUGAAGAUUUGGUGUCUCCGCCUAACAUUGAGGGCAACCAAUGGGUGACGUUUGUUAAGCAGAGCACUCACCUAAAAGACAGUACACUGCUCUUCCCAACCUACCCGCAGAAGUCACUCCACUUUGUCAAGAAAAUGAUGGAGGCCACUAUUGAUCUAUGCUUACAAAAACCAGCUGAGGUCAUUGGACGUUCAAUAAAACAAGCUGUGUGUUUAAGAUUAUACACCAUUCCUGAGGGAUCAGAAAAUACACCUCGGCUGUUUGAACUUCCUUCACUGUGGAAUGAUAAAACGGCCAGUAUGCAUUAUGUAGUAUUCUGCAUGCCUGAAGUCUCUCCCUCUACAAUCUAUAUUAUGAGGAGAGCAACAGACCCCGGCAGGUCUGUUCCUAAUGGUCUGGUGGCUGUUAACAUUAACACUCCUCUAAAUUCCAGUAUAGUUGAUGAAACACCAGCCCAAAAUCCUGCUGACUCCUUGUACGGUUGUCUUGAUGCCCGUUUCUAUGACGACGAGACUUUGACAGUAGUAUUGCGAAGUCUGGAAGAUGAUGAGAAUAAAAUGCGUGUCCUCGCUCAGCUUCCUUUAAAUUCUGCUUUGAGAUGGGAGGAGGAGUUUAUAUGGGACAUCACACUCAGACUGGAGCAGCAGAUUGAAGGGAUCCCUGUCCAGGCUUUGGCCUGGGGUAACCAUAGCAGAGAGCUGGAGAACAUUAAGGCUCAGUUUGUUGCUGUUAAUGGGAUUCGCAAAGUGGCCUGUGUGCUGAGUGCCAAUCUGAGGCAUGUACGUGUGUUUGAGAUGGAUGCAGAGGAGGAAGAAGAGGAUGAAGAACGUGCUGAUGAGUCACAGGAAAUGAGCUUGGACCAGGACAGACUUGAGGAUACGCUGAAUGAUCAGAGCGACGCAGGGGACGGAGAACAUGGAGGGGUGGGAGGGUCUAUGGAUACUCAGGUGACAGGUCAAAAGUCAGGAGACAUUCUUGAUGAUACUGCUGGAUCAGAGACGCUUUGAAAUCUGACCUUGACAGCUCAGAAUAAUGCCACGAUUGCCAAUUCUUGUUAUCUGCUUUAUAUACUACAAUAAAUAUUUUGAUAAAGGAAUUUAAUGUCAGUUGUAAAUAAAUGAAUUUUGUA